AUAAAGUAAAAGAAAAUAAAGGUGGAAACUUUUGGUCAAACCCAAAGUAUAUUAAGCAACACCCAAUUUAAUUGGAAUUUGGAAGCAAAGACAACAGCCUAAGAAAGAAAAACAGAGUAUCUUAAGAAGAAAACAGAGAUGCCGUCGCCGUGCCUGACAGAGAUCUCCGCCGCAUGUGGUGGAGGCAGUGGCGGCGGAAGCAGCUGUUGCCCAACUCCACUCCUCAACUUCCCAUCCUCCCAACCCUCAACUACCGCCACUCCUCGCACCUCUGCCGCUUCCCGCCGUGACUUCGCUGCAAAAGCCAGCGCCGGCGUCUUCCCAAACACCACCUUCACAAAUCCAGAAUGCCUUCCGUCGCCGCCGCAGGCUCUCUCCCUCUUUCUCGCUGCCUUCCCUCAGUACAGUCAAACCCAAGAAAUCGAUGCGAUCAGAAACAGACAAUAUUACCAUCUCAAUCUCUCAAACCACAUUUGUCUCGAUUACAUCGGCAUCGGCCUCUUCUCUUAUCAUCAAUUCCAAAAACAUUCAAACCCAUUCCCUUCUUCCAACCUAAAUUUCCCUUUCUUCGGCGUUUCUUACCGUACCGGCAAUCUCAAAUCUCGCCUACUCGAAAAUGGCCUCGAUUCUGACCUAGAAUCCGCCAUUAAACGAAGAAUAUUCAGAUUCCUCAACGUUUCCGAGUCCGAUUAUGCCAUGAUUUUCACUGCAAAUCGAACCUCUGCUUUCAAACUCUUAGCAGAAUCAUACCCAUUUCAAACCAGCAACAAGGUUUUAACUGUUUAUGAUUACGAAAGCGAAGCAGUGGAAGCCAUGGUUAGUAGCUCUCAAAACAGGGGAGCUACAACCAUGUCGGCUGAAUUUUCCUGGCCAAGAUUGAGGAUAAAUUCAAGGAAAUUGAAGGAGAUGAUUGUAAGUAAGAACAAGAAGAAGAAAACUAAAAAGGGCCUUUUCGUUUUCCCGUUACAUUCCAGAAUUACUGGAGCUCGUUAUCCUUAUUUGUGGAUGAGUAUAGCACAGGAAAAUCGGUGGCAUGUUCUUGUGGAUGCUUGUGCUUUAGGGCCAAAAGAUAUGGAUUGCUUCGGACUGUCGUUGUUCCGUCCUGAUUUUCUUGUUUCUUCUUUCUAUAAAGUUUUUGGUGAAAACCCCUCUGGAUUUGGAUGUCUUCUAGUGAAAAAAUCUGUCAUUUCAAUUCUUGAAACCAAUUCUUCAUCAUCUAAUGUUGGGAUUGUUAAUCUUGUUCCUGCUGAUAAGUUGUUGCAGCUAAAUGAAGAUUCAUCAGGAACUGACAUAGAUCUUGAGUUUCAACAACAACAAAUGGUUCCAUCAACAAGCUCAUUUUCAGGUCCAAUCUCUCAUCAAAUUUCAAAAACAACAACAACGAAUUUUCCUGAAAUGGACGAAGAAGGUAAAUCAAGAUCAAAUGUUUCAGAAAUUGAGAUAGUUUCAAAUCGAUAUGAGACAAAAUGCAAAGGCUUAGAUCAAGUGGAUUCAUUAGGCUUGGUUUUGAUAUCAACAAGAGCAAGAUGUUUAAUCAAUUGGCUAGUGAGUUCAUUGUUAAAACUCAAACAUCCCAAUUCACAAGGGGUUUGUUUAGUCAAAAUCUAUGGCCCAAAAGUGAAAUUUGAUAGAGGACCAGCUUUAGCUUUCAAUGUGUUUGAUUGGAAAGGGGAGAAAGUUGAGCCUGUUCUUGUACAAAAGCUUGCUGAUAGAAGCAAUAUUUCACUAAGCUACGGAUUUUUACAUAACAUUUGUUUUUCAGAUAAGUACGGAGAGGAGAAAGGGAAAGUUCUCGAGAGGAAAGAAUUUGGAAAAGAUGAGAAGAACAUGAAGAAAAGUAAAGGGAAUUUAGGGAUUAGUGUGGUAACAGCUGCUCUUGGGUUUUUGACAAAUUUUGAAGAUGUUUAUAAGCUUUGGAGUUUUGUUGCUCAGUUUUUGGAUGCUGAUUUUGUUGAGAAAGAGAGAUGGAGAUACACUGCUCUUAAUCAAAGAACCAUUAUUGAAGUGCUUUAGUUCAUGAUUUUGAUUCUUCCCUUUACAUUCUUUGAAGUUAUAAUAAAUUCUUGGAACCUUUGAUAGAAAUCAGAAGCUGCUGUUGUGAUGAAUACAGAGAAAUUAUGGUACAAAAUCAAAUGACGUGUGAAUAUUCUUGGUAUGUUUCCAAGUUUUUCUUUUUUUAUUAUUAUGGCUAGAUGAUCUCUUAUUUUGACGCAUAUACUUUAAUCAAUUGAGAUCUGUUUAGUUCCACAGAUUUAUUACAAGUUUAGUUUAUUAUUA